UUGAUGAUAUUCGUUUGUCGUCUUGUCUCUCUCUCUCUCUCUCUCUAUCGAACCCCCCUGGCUCACUUUAGCAACCACCACCGACCUUUCACAUCCAUUGAUGAGAUUGAAGAACUAAUAAGAAGAAGAAGCAAAAGCUUCUCUCGGAUCUCUCUGUUUCCUCAUCCCUCACCGAUCCCUCACCUCUGUUUCUUCUUCUUCUUCUUCUUCUUCUUCUUCCUCUAUCCAGAUUUCUCACCAAUCGUUCGUGUUUAGUUUCGCUGCAUCUAAAUCUUUUGAUUUGAGAGAUGUGUGUUCCCUCCCACGAUUUCGAAAUUUUUGUUGUAAUUUGAUUCGUACUUAGUGAAAUCAGGCGAUCUAAGUCUUAGAGGUGAGACGUAUGUGGGGACUGCAACGAGAAACAUCCUCGAUGUACAAGAGAACGUCGUCGAGAGAUUACUCUCCGAUGCUUGACGUCGAAGAUAGUUCAGGUGUGUUAGAGAAUGAGGUGAACAGUGAAUUGGAAACUACGAAUCCUUCAUGGAAGUGUUCUCUCCCACAUGUCCUUGUAGCUACGAUUUCGUCGUUUCUAUUUGGUUACCACUUAGGAGUUGUGAAUGAGCCACUUGAAAGCAUUUCUUCUGACCUUGGUUUUCGUGGUGAUACAUUAGCAGAAGGAUUGGUGGUUAGUGUUUGUCUUGGUGGUGCAUUUAUCGGAUCUUUGUUCAGUGGUGGAGUUGCUGAUGGCCUUGGAAGGCGGAGAGCCUUUCAGCUUUGUGCUUUGCCUAUGAUUUUGGGUGCUUUUGUUAGUGGAGUUAGCAACAGUUUAGCUGUCAUGCUUUUGGGAAGAUUCUUGGUUGGGACUGGCAUGGGUCUUGGGCCACCUGUGGCAGCACUCUACGUGACAGAGGUAUCACCAGCUUUUGUUAGGGGAACAUAUGGAAGCUUCAUACAAAUAGCUACAUGUCUGGGACUGAUGGCAGCCCUGUUUAUAGGGAUCCCAGUCCAUAACAUCCCUGGUUGGUGGCGUGUCUGCUUCUGGCUAUCAAUGAUACCUGCUGCAGUACUCGCUCUGGGAAUGUUUCUCUGUGCUGAGUCUCCCCAGUGGCUAUUUAAGCAAGGGAAGAUAGCUGAAGCCGAAGCUGAGUUUGAGAGGCUGCUCGGAGGGUCUCAUGUGAAAACAGCAAUGUCAGAAUUACACAAACUAGACCUAGACAGAACGGAUGAACCAGAUGUCGUGAGCAUCUCAGAGCUGUUAUAUGGUCGGCAUUCAAGAGUUGUUUUUAUUGGAUCAACCCUGUUUGCUUUGCAACAGCUAUCUGGUAUAAAUGCUGUUUUUUAUUUCUCUUCUACCGUUUUCAAAAGUGCCGGAGUACCAUCGGAUUUGGGCAACAUCUUUGUUGGGGUUUCUAACCUCUUGGGAUCCGUAAUCGCAAUGGUGUUGAUGGAUAAAGUAGGAAGAAAGCUUCUUCUUCUUUGGAGUUUUAUUGGCAUGGCAGUAGCAAUGGCACUUCAAGUUGGUGCUACAAGUUCUUACUUACCACAUUUUUCGGCGUUGUGUUUAUCCGUCGGUGGCACUCUUGUAUUUGUGCUAACAUUCGCCUUAGGAGCUGGUCCAGUACCAGGUUUACUCCUCCCUGAAAUCUUCCCAAGUCGAAUUAGAGCAAAAGCUAUGGCUUUCUGCAUGUCUGUGCAUUGGGUGAUAAAUUUCUUUGUGGGUUUGCUCUUUCUGAGGUUGCUUGAGCAGCUUGGUCCUCGGCUACUAUACUCAAUGUUCUCUACGUUCUGUUUAAUGGCGGUGAUGUUCGUGAAGCGGAACGUGAUUGAAACCAAAGGCAAAACACUUCAAGAGAUUGAGAUAUCUCUGCUUGCCAAACCAUGAAUGUAUUUUCACACUCUCCCUACGUCUGUUGUAUAUUCAAAUAAAGAUUGGGUUCUCCGUAGAGUUGUAUGAAAUGUUAAAUUUCACGUAAACGAAUCGACAGUGUCAAGAUUUGAACUUUUCUUAAAUUUCUCUAUAUAAAAAUGGUAACAUGAGAAUGGCUGAA